CAUGGUCAAUAAAAUCUGAUAAAUUCAUUAAAAUAGAAGCACAUACUACUAAUACUAAAUAAAUAUAGGGAAAUAUCUUUGUAGAUGGUGCAUGUAGCAUAGUAUAGAAGGGAAGCAGGUGCAUAUGGGAGUAUUAAUGACGAAGGGGGAAGGGGAGGUUAUAAUGUGGGCAUGAAAGCAGAACCAUUCGUGUGGGGGUCACUUGCAAAAUAAAAGCCCCACCCCCUUCUCUCUCUCUCUCUCAUACACACACACACAGACACAGAGCCACACUAAGUCUCAUUCUACUACUCCCACGUAUAUAAGCACAAGCGCCACCCAACUCAGUAGUAACUCGUACUAAUACUCAGUGUUCCACACUGCAUUCUCAGUUCUCACACACAACUAUCUGCUAUAUUAUCAAGAAUGGGUGAGGACCUACCAAGCCCAAACUCUUGUUAUUCUUCUUCUUCGUCAGUUAGUCUGGAUCCGGAAAAGCAGAAAAGUGCGGGGAAGAGAGGGAGGGAGAGGAGUAAUAACAAGAAUAAUAAUAAGCACCCGGUGUACAGAGGGGUGAGAAUGAGAGCGUGGGGCAAGUGGGUCUCUGAAAUCAGAGAGCCUCGUAAGAAGAAUCGCAUCUGGCUCGGCACCUUCGCCACCCCCGACAUGGCCGCCCGCGCCCACGACGUCGCCGCCCUCGCCAUCAAAGGCUCCUCCGCCAUUCUCAACUUCCCACAGCUAGCCCCCCAACUUCCCCGCCCCCACUCUAACUGUCCCCGUGACGUCCAGGUCGCCGCCGCCAAAGCCGCCUCCAUGGACUUUCUCUCUCCCUCAUCAUCAUCAUCAUCGUCGUCGUCGUCGUCACCAUCAUCAUCAAUAUCGUCGUCCGAGGAGCCAUCGACGCCGGAGGAGCUGGGGGAGAUAGUGGAGCUGCCAGCACUAGGAACGAGUUUCGAAUCGGCGGAGGCGAACAAGGAAAUGGUGUUCUUGGAGCCAGUUGAUGGGUGGCUGUAUCCUCACCCAUGGUGGUAUCACAGCAGCAGCAUUUAUGAGGAGGAAGUGAGGGAAGAUUGCGGUGUCUAUUUUACCGGGGAUCAGAUUUCAAUGCACACUCAGUCUAAGUCUCACCAGUACACCACUCUUGACCUUGAUCCUCCUUCCUUGUGGCAAUACUAAUCUCAUCUCUUCUCUACGUGUAACGUGUGUGCUUUAAGUUUUGCUUUCAAUUCCUUUCUUUUCUUUUCUCAUCUUAUCAUUAUUAGACAACCCCUUUUUUUAUUACUACUACAUAUAAGAUAAGACUAUAUUUUCUCUUUAUUUUGUUUUAACUUUGCAUGUGAGCCUUUUGCAAUUUUUCAUCUUAAGUGCUCUUAAUGCAUUUUCCCCCCUCAAGUUCACGUCUUUCUCUUUACUUUAGGUGUGAGGUUUGUAAUGCUCUUCAUUAGCUUGUUAAUAAUAAUCUCUUUCGUUUC